AUGAAGCCAGCAGGAGUGGUGAUGCUGUUGGCUCUAACCCUCUGCUGCAUCCCAGAUACCAUUGCCCUGGAGAUUUCAGUUUACUGCAGAGGCUAUAUCAUAGUCCCUUCUAUCUGCAGUACGAUGUAUUUCCCACAUUGUGGGUCUGAUGGCAUAACUUACUACAAUAAAUGUCUCUUCUGCCAUGCAUUUCUGUAUGUAUGA